AUGUCUUCAAUCCCAACUCAGCGUAAAAAAAAGACCGAAGACGCAUCUUCAUCUGAUAUUUCUUAUGAUAAUAGCAAAGAACCCAGAAAGUCCACUUCUGUGGCAAAAAUUAUUUUAAAAGGAUUCUUAAUCUUUAUCGUAACUUUCUUCCUAAGUUCUUACCUCAUUACUGAAUCUUGGACCUGGGGAUAUAAAAACAAGUACACUAAUUGGAAACGUUGGAUUCCUCGCAAAGAGAUUAUAUUCACUGAAGAAGAGCUGGCCAAAUAUGAUGGAUCAGAUCCCAAUUUACCCAUCUAUCUUGCUAUGAACGGAGAGGUCUUCGAUGUUACUGCCGGGAAGCAAUAUUACGGCAAGGAUAGCGGUUACAACUUCUUUGCCGGAAGAGAUGCAUCACGUGCCUAUUUGACAGGGUGCUUUAAAACUCACCUGACUCACGAUUUGCGUGGAUUGACACGUGAACAAAUUGCGGAACUCGAAAAGUGGACUUCAUUUUAUCGCGAUCACCAUACUUAUUUUAAAGUUGGAAGAGUAGUUCAUCCACCUAUCGAUCCAAAUACUCCAAUUCCUCCACCCUGUGAUGAUGCUUCAGGACAAAAGGGCUAA